AUGGAAUAUUUCAUACUUUUCAUCAACGUGAGUAAUAGAGGCGGGUUUAAAUCGGUUUCUGAGAAUGCUGAAUGGGCUGAAGUCGGUCACGAGUCUCAGUUAGGGCUUCUUGACUCGAAAUUGAUCUAUGUCAAAUAUCUUGCCACACUUGCUCGAUUGUUGAACAGAGAUACUACUAGCAUGGGUAGGACUAGCAUGGGUAGGCUUAGACACUUUGUAUCUCAAGUGAAGAGCAAUAAUUAUGAGUUGAGGAAAGUAGGAGCAGAGUUCAAAUGGUUUUUAUUGAAGAAAGUUGAGUCCGGUAACAACAAGGAUCGCUCUUCUCUUGGUAAGAGGAAACGGGAGUGCACUUUAGAGACUUUGAGAUGGUUACGCGAGGCUGCUAAGGAUCCGUGUGACAUAUCUUUUGGUUCUUUGCCGGAUAGAUCAAUGUGGGAUUCUUUUUAUGCUAGUGAAGAAGAGCCAUGGAAACAGCUUCUUCUUCUGUUUAGAGCUUCAAGAACCAACUCUGGUUCGGCUUGUCAAAGGAUUUGGCAGAAAAUCCAGAAGAUGCAUCCAUCUCUGUAUCAGCAGGAUAGUGCUGGGCCUAGUAACAAUCUAAGAGAGAGAUUCAGUAGUCAGUUUAAUGAGAGGAAAGCUGGGAAAGAUGAUGAAUCAUGUGGUCUAGUUGGUUCAGAGUUUCAUGCUCAAGUACCUGACUGGUCUGAAAGCGAUUCAUUUAAGUGGUUUGACACUCUGAUGUGGCCAGAACACAAGAAUAGUAAUCUUCUUACUGAAAGAGAUCCUAUUGGAAAUGCUGAUAGUAAUAAAAUGCUCACAACGCUCGUCUCAGCUAUGGGAGAGUGUGCACUCUCGAUCCUUAGAGAGCCGCAGCGUUUUUUGGAUGAGGAUUCACUGCAUGACUUCUGCAUCUCAACACUGAAGAUCACUUCCUGCCUAGUUGAGGAUGUAAUUGCUAGUCCGUGGAUUUCACCUCCCGAGCUCAAACAACUAUUUUCUUCAUUUCAUGAAACUGGUGUAGCUUUAUCCAAUAUAAAGCAUUUUAAAAAGGUUUCCAUGGCGUUAGAAUUAUGUAUUAGAACAGUGUGGAAUUGUGUUAGACUCCUCUCUCUCAAAUUGGUAAAUGUUGAGUCUAACUCUUCUGAGGAUUUUGUGACCGAGGCAUGUAGCAAAUCUGCAUACUAUCUGGAUGUUCUCGAGAAACAUGGGGAAUGCGAAAUUGAGAAGCUUCUUUCCUUUAUUCUAGAGAACUGGUUUGAAGCUAAAAAACUCAUCACAAGUUUACCCGAUCUUACACCAAUAAUACAACAGUGGGUUAAGAUACAACACAGGCGUCAUAAGAGUCCUGAUCUGGCUGACUCAUGUAGACUGUUUUACUCCUUCCUGUCAUCUUCUCAGAAGAUUUCGAAAAUAGUGACUGGAAAUAUCUUGGAGCAGGAGAUUCUUGCUUAUGAGGAGUCUGUUCCUGAAUGCUCAAGAUUAUGUCGAGCAAACCAGUUAGAAAUUGCUGAUAUCCUUUUGAAAGAAGUUUUCAUCACAAAAGAUCUAUUGUUGGAGAGAGCAAAAGUUUUAAUGUGGAAAGCAAGGAUGCUAACUACUGGAGCUGAACAUUUAAAAGAGUGUGUUGAUCAUUUAUCAAAAGCAAUAUCUACCUUGGAACCCAUAUUUAAUGAGAGCCAUGAGGCUUUGUGUUGUUUCCAACUAAUUAUUGUAUAUUUAUUAAGAGCGUUAUGCGUCCAAGAAACUGAACCAGAGUCCAAGCAAGUUUGCGAAGACAUUAACACCUCUUUGAAACUAUGGGUAUGGAUUCAGUCUAGUGACAUUAUUCCUCUGGAAAAUGUGAUUCCUCUACUGUUCAAUGUAAUUGAUUUGGUCUCAAUAAAGGGUUGGAUAGAGCUCCAUCAAUGCAUAUAUGACUUGAUGUUUAAAAUCUUCAAAUGGAGAAAUGUCAGAUUGGAUGUCUCUUUGGCAAUAUUGUGGGAUUGUAGACGGCUAAGUCAUGCGUUAUGUCUUUCUCCAAUAAAUGAUGCUAUCAUCACGGGAUUAUCAUGCCACUUUGGUGAAAACUCAGACUCAACAGAUUUCUGGAAAAGUUGCUUGGAGUUUUCAAAAGCAAAAUCAGUUGGGCUCGGACUGAGAAUACAUGAAUCAGACAUCAAAAUAGAUGAGAUUAACCACAUAGCUUCCAAACUAGUGUCAAGUGAUCCUUGUUUGUCGUCUUUUGUUGCUGCAUCUCUAUAUUAUGAUCUCUGUGAAAAAGAAUUGUCAUGUGGUAAUUUACGCGAGGCUCUCUCUUAUGCUAUGGAAGCAAACCGGAUUCGAAAAAAAUUUCUACAAAAAUUUUGUAGAUUUAAUGUGACACGAUGUACUAAAGACCAUACCAGCGCAGGGAAAACAGUAGAACUAACUACUUACAUCGUUGAUAAAUUUGAAGUUUCAAGUCUAAGCGCUACCGAUUCAUGGCCAUGUGGAACUUUUCUCUGGGAUAAUAGCCGCUGCUACUUAAGCCCUUGGAUUUUGCUCCGAUGUUUUUUGGAAAGUGUUCUUCAGUUAGGUGUUAUUUAUGAGCUUAUGGGGGAUAGAGAAAAUGCUGGAACGUUGCUAUCUUGGGGAAAAGCCUUUUCAUGUAUGCAGAGCCUACAACCUUUUGUCGUUGCAUUUUCUCUUGCUUUGGGGAAUCUCUACAAUAAAAUGCAGUGUUGGGAUCUAGCAGAAAAUGAACUCCAUGAGGCGAAAAAGCUGCUAACAGAUAGUCAAAGAGAUUUUACUUGCAGAAACUGCAGGCUGAUGUUAGAAGUUACGUUGGAUAAGCAAUUUGGAGACUUGUCUCGAAGACAAUUUGAUAACACGACGAGAGUUUGCCAGAUAGAUGAGAAUCUGUAUAGUGGAACGUUACAAAAAAUAUGUUGUUUAGCCUGGAAAGGAUGCAUUAAUCAAACAGCUGAGGUAGAGAAACCAAGAGACUCUUCGAAAAGGAGGCGUGGAGGAGGUCCUAUAUCUGUACAUGCUUGCGCUAUAGAAAGGCAGCCUAGUUUAAGGUUGACUCGCUCAAUGAGUCGAUCACAUGAACAACCUCAAAACUUUCCUGCUGAGAAGUGUAGAUUCAUUGAUGAGUCUGAUAUCUGUGAUGCAAAGGGGUUGAUGCAGGACACUAAAAACACAAUCUGCGUUUGCAUCAAUAGAAUAUGUCAGCACUCCAACGAAGUUACAAGAUCUGGAUUGCUGAGUAACUUUAUAAGUUUGAAAUUGCAAGUUUACCAAAGGAGGCUUGCGUGCACGGUUCUUGUCAGCCUUGGAAAAUUUUUGGCUAAAUCUGGAAAGGUUCAUCAAGCACAUGGGGCAAUUUUGCAUAGUAUCGCUGCUUUAUAUAACAGUGCCGUAUCUAUCCUCAGCUCACCAUUGCUGGAUUUUAUUGGGAAGGAAAUAAAAGGAGAUGUAUUUGGUCUUGAUCGUGCAAGAAUAUUAUACAACUUGUGCAAGUUGAGUCUUCAAACUCACCACUCCAGGUCUGUUUUAUGUGAUUUAUCACAUAUUUCAUUUCAACAGCUGGUUUCAUGGUUAACAUUGGCUUUCGUACUCAGCAGAGAUGUUCCAAUACUAUGUCGUAAGAUUUCCAGGUUGCUUGCUGUGUUAUACUUGGUCUCUUCUGUACGGUCUAAUUUCUCAUUUCCCUGUGACGGAGAACUUUCUUUGAGUCAUUGGGUUACAUAUUAUCAUCAAGCCUCUCUUGGUGCUAACACCAACUACCACUUCUUGUCAAAAUAUAUCAACUUAGAUAAAGAGGCUUCUGAAGAAUUCGACUUUCUCAGGCUUGCUCCCAAAAGCACCGAAGGUCUUGUUAAGUUUGCUAAAAACUUUUUUAAUGGUCUACCAGAAACGACAGCCAUCUGCAUUAGCGUGCUUGGAGGCACACUGUGUAAAUUGUUGCAGGAGUUAAUGAAAGGCCCCCAUGUUUGUGGGUGGCUGCUCUUGUCACGGUUGAGCUCAAAGAGUCAGCAGCCUUUAGCUCUACUUGUGCCAAUUUAUUCUCCACUUGAAGAAGAGAGCAAUAAUAAUCUUACCAAUACCACCAAAGCAGGUGGGAUUGAAAAGAUGGAUGAACGAUGGGAUUUUUCAUGGGGUUCCACAGUAGUGGAUGUUGUCGCCCCAUCGUAUAGAUUAAUAUUGGAGAACUACAUUAUUGGUUGUAAGGAUCCUAAGAAGACCAGGCUGACGAGUGAGGAACUUGAACUUCUACUUGCUAAAUUGCCAAGCUUGUUGUAUUAUUAUUAUAUCAGAAACCUUGAAGAGUUGUGGUUGGGUCCCUGGAAGCAUCUGCUUUUGGGAGAAUAUUCAAACAGUAAAUUGCAUGAGACAAGGCAAAAGAAGCUGGUUAAGGAGCUCAGGUCCAAAUGUAAGAUGGAAGUAAAUGAGACACUUCUAAAGGUUUUCCUUGGAUGUGACACAGACGUCGAUUCAUGGAUGUGGAUAUCUCAGCUUUGUUCAAAGAAUGGUUGCUACGUAGGAGGUCGUCCAAGUGACUAUAUUGAUGAAGAAAUAAAUGGAACCAGUGUAUCUUAUAAUGACCUUCAAAGUAGGUACCAGACAGCCUUAAAACUGAUACAGGAAUCAGGAAUGAAGCUAGAGCAUUGUAACGAAGAAAGAGAACCGAUCAUUCUUGUGGUGGAUCGUGAGAUUCAGAUGCUUCCAUGGGAGAAUAUUCCAAUAUUGAGGAAACGAGAAGUAUACCGCAUGCCUUCUGUGGGUAGCAUAUCAGCAGUGCUUAAGAAAAGCUGUUACCGAGAAGAUCCUUCUCCCUUCCCUGUGAUUGAUCCUAGAAAUUCUUAUUAUCUAUUAAAUCUGGAUGGUAAAUGCCAAGAACUGCAAACCGCGCUUGAAGGAUUGUUCGAGACUGAGGGAAUCGAGGGAAAAGCUGGAGCUGGACCAAAGCUAGUCGAUAAGGAGCUAAAGGAUGCGUUGGAAAAUCAUGAUCUUUUACUAUAUGUUGGGCAUGGUGCUGGAGAGCAACAUAUUCCCAUGGAGAAAGUAGCAAAUAUGGGCAACAAAUGUUCUGCAGCUUUUCUUAUGGGAUGCAGCAGCGGUUUGUCAUAUAGAGGAGGCAGAUAUGUACCAAAAAGGCCUUGGUUAUGUUUCCUGCUAGCCGGUUCCCCUGUCAUUGUGGCAACCUUGUGGGAGAUAUCAAGUGAUAUUACCAAGUUUGUGAAGGCAAUGUUAGAAAGUUGCUGGAGAGAGAGGAGUGAUGAUGUUAAACCAGAGAGAAUUGGUUUGCUCAUAGCUGAUGCACGUAAUGCCUGCACUCAGAAGUUCUUGACAGGGGCUUCCCUUGUGUGUUAUGGUGUCCCAACUGCUAUCAGAACAAAGAAGAAGAAGAAGAAAAAGACUUGA